AAAAGUGUAAAUAGUUAAUAGAACCAAAAUAUUCAAAAUAUUUCAUAAUAUAUUCAUUUUUAUCCAUGUUUAAUUUUCAAUUUGAACUAGGAUCUGACACACCUGUAGCCAAAGUGCGUAUCUAUUUUACAGCUUCGUACAAUAAAACUAGAUCACCGAAGUAGGUAGGUGUUUACAAAUGGGUAAUGUAUUUAAUUAAAGCGUUGCCUUCAACGUAGCAAUUUCAAUGCGCUCAUCGGUGAGCUAUAUACUAUCACACGCCCCUGGAGAGUCGGUGAUGUCGCACCCUGACUACUCGCAGCAAAUCCAACAUCACGCCUGCUUGUUGGUACUUGUUAAGGGUAUUGGGGGCGUCUUGAAGAACUUCAAUAAACUUUGGGAGCGUAUCCAAAAAGUAAAUAACAUAAAAGUUACAGACUCCAAUGGACAAGUUAGAGAUAUCUGGGUAAGAUAUGUGCGCGAUUAUCCAGUUGAAAAUAAUGAUUGGGGAGAUUUUCAGACUCAUAGGCGACUCCUAGGUUUAAUAACAUUGAGUAAGUUCACAAACCAAGUAGAGCUCAAUGAAGUAUGUAGAGUGCAUGAAUCCCUUAAAGUGAAGUACUCCAAUACUCUUUAUGACUCCCGGGCUUUUAUGUUUGGGCCUGGCAGCAAUUUGAAGAAACCUGAGCAAGAACCUGAAACUUAUAGUGCUACAGAAGAUGAUAAAUCAUAUAAGGAAAAGUGCAGCAUUAGUGAUAAAUCAUCAAUUCCAGGUGAGCAAGCAGACAGCCUAUUGUCCACUGAUAGUUUCCCACGCUCCUCAUCAUCUGCUUCAUAUAGUGUGCCGGAAGAGCACUUCACAACCCCAUCAAACUUUAAAACCCAUGCAAUGUUCUAUGGAGAAAACGACCCAGUACUAGAUCUGGAACAGCAUGUAGCUGACUUGAUUAAUUCAUUGUUCUGGGUCGUGGAGUCCAAAAGGCUGGAGAGGUCUAAGGAAAAACUGGAGAAGGUUUCUUUGUUGCUUGCACCAUUUGAGAAAAGAGAUUUUGUUGGCCUUGAUAUGGAAUCACGGAGUAAUAAAAGGAGGUGUAUGGGUAGAGUAACAAAGAACUUAGCAGAUCUUACAUUGCAAGCAGGCUUAGUUGCAGAGUCAUUAAAUUUGUACCAUUCAGCUGCAGAAAUAUUGAAAUCUGUAAACGAUUGGCUAUGGCUGGCUGCAGCUAAAGAAGGUCACUGCGCCGCAUCCGCUAUUCUUAUAUAUCCGAACCUGCGAAACUCAGCACCACUCCAGCGCAAUGCGAGUCUUCAAGAAAAUUCACCCUUCAAAAUGAAAUCACUAUCGCUCUAUCAAACAAAUGAUCCAUUCAAAAAGUUUAAAAUGAGUUCUUCACCGCUUAAGUCUAAAGUGUCCAGUCCAGUUAAUCCGCCUGGUGAAUUGACACCAUCGUCGUCAGAAAGUUUGGAAACAUCAUCUAGACAGUCGGAAUCCGAAAAUGCUGAUACAGAAUCUUUAGCAUCGACCAGUGAAAUUGAGUACCAAAGCCAAAGAUCAUACUUAACUCCUGACUUGCCUUCGAUUCCGAGACAACCGCAGUCACAACUACAUAACCAGAACCUUCUCAAUGGUGAAGCUAUUGCCGAAAAAUAUCGUAUAGCGAUAAUACAUUAUAGCAAAUAUCAAAAUGCUGGUAUUAUUGAGACAGAGGCGUGUUUCAAAGCUGCCAGAAUAGCUGUGGAGCAAAAUAACAGUUUGACUGCAUCGGGUUUCUUGCAAAAUGUAAUGUUUAUUAACCUAACUUUGAGUGAACAGGAGAAAAUACAGCGAUUUGAUACUCUUGCUGAGUUGUAUAAAGAAAUUGGAUUUCUUCGCAAGGCCGCAUUUUGUCAGCGCUUGGCAGCCACUCGUCACGUGUGCGCGAACAAUCCAAACCCAGAUUGGCAGCGAUGCUAUUUUCUAUUGCUGCAUAGCUUUCCGGGACACAAGCUUAGCUUAGACCCUAAUUAUGUAAUACAACAUCAAGUUGGUUGGCCAGCCCUGCAGAUCCAGAUGCUCCAGGAGGUGGUGGUGGCGGCGCGGCGCAUGGGGCACCCCGCGCUGGCCACGCGCCACAUGACCUUCCUGCUGCAGGCCAUGUGGCCGCACCUGCGCGCCGGCGAGCAGCGCGAGCUCGCCAUACAGCUGCAGGCCCUAUCCGCGCAAUGCGAAGGUGGUCCAGUACCACUAGUACUGGAGACGGGCGAGGUGAUCCCACCCGCGAACCUCACGCGCGUGCCGCACUGCUCGCACUUCGCCCCUCGGGCUCUGCCCCCCGCUAGAACACCGCAUCUGAUCAAGUCCAAGCCACAACAAGGACCUUUUAUAUUCACUCCAAUACAUUUCGGCAGUUUGGAUAGAAAGGCGAGGAAGGAUGAAGGGAAGAUGGAAUACCUGUGGGUAGAAGAUGAUAUAUGCGAAGUACAAUUAAAAUUGACAAAUCCUUUACCGUUCGAACUGAAAGUAUCAAACAUGCGUCUCCUCACAUCGGGCAUAGUGUUCGAAUCGAUACCAGAAACAAUAAUUCUACCACCAGACUCUCCUACAACCGUAAAUCUUCACGGUACUCCCAAAGAAAUAGGAGAAUUGCAGAUCUUAGGCUAUUCCACACAUACAUUGGGGAUAAAGUCUAAUUGUAGGCUUAAAAGUAUGCCAAUGCCUAACAAAUUUCCCGCGUCUUUUACUAUCGAAGUGAUCCCCAGUUUGCCCACAAUUACUAUUGAGGCUUUAGUCGCACUUUCUGGAAACGUUUUGUCCAAUAUGGAAACUUCUGGAAGCGUCACCAAUGUGUCAUUAUAUAAUGGAGAGAGCACUGAAUGCGCUAUUAAGAUAACCAAUACGAGUAAUGUGCCUAUUGAGUACUUGGAUCUGUCUAUACAGUCAAACAUGGACAGCACACUUCAAUCGAAAGUAUUCCAAUGGUCGAAUGAUGACCUCCAAUCACAACUGCCAAUCCAGCCCAAUGAUACAACAACAAUCACAAUGAAACUAUACGGGGAAGCGGAUUUCCUGGAUCUAGGCGGUUGUGAUCUAUUCCCCAACAGUUUGACGUCGAACUAUCCCUCUAGAGUGGGAUCGCCCGUGCCUAAUGCGCAUACGUCGCUACCGACGCAAAGCUCCAACCCGCAGAAUUCUUUGAGCAGUGGACUUAUGAAUAGGACUUCGGGGAGUUUUAGAUCUACAAAUUCACAAACAACAAGUUGGUCUGCGCCUAUAUCGGUGAUGCCACCUUCGAGAGGACGACAAAUUGAGGCACAGAUAUUAAUAAGAUACGCGGGCGGUGCGGGCGCAGAACACUGCCGCCAGUCCACACUGCAGGUGAAUUUGGAACUAUUGCCCAGUGUGUCCAUCACGCACUGGGAUGUGAUGCCUGCUGAAAUUCCAAGUCAACUAUACCUGGUGCUAGAUAUAACGAAUCUAACAACCGAAGAAAUGGACCUGCAUUACACGGACAACAAGCACAUUCUCAUAGAGAGCAAAGAGUCUUGUCGGGUGCCCGUGCCACUUGAUAGAUGCCCUUUUAAUUCCACACCGAAAGCAGUUAAUGAAGAUACUCUAGAAUCAAAAUCGAUAAGCACUGGAACGUCGACGAACAGUCUGGAACACAUGUGCUCGGAACACAUCACGAACAACGUGGAACUGCGGUGGAACAUGUUGCAAUCGAACAUUUCGGGACGCGCGUCUGUUAAGGGCAUUACUUUGUCGCAAGCCAUGAUUGAUAUUGUGAGGAUGUCUCCGCUGAAUUGGGAAGUGAGUAUAAAUGAUCAAUUCAUAAAGCCGCAAGAGGAAUUCAGUUGCAAUGCAGGAGAAUGUCUGUCCCUCGGAGUUGCCAUUUGCAAUAAUCUAACGCGACCCCUUCACAAACUGUGCUUAUCUGUGCAGUUCUUUCAAGAUUAUAAUAACGGCGUGCAUAAUUAUAAACUGGAUAAUUCUGUAGCAAUGGCUGGGAAUAAUAAAGUAAUAUUAAAAACGCUAGAAGAAACAGCCAAAGCAUACUACGAGUGUACAGUAGUAUUUUUGACUCCGGGUGAAUUCAAAAUUGAUAUUCAAUGUUCUACCACAGAACCGUUGACUGAUGAAACCACUGUUUUAAGAGAUAUCGAACAGCCGUUGAUCAUACCACCCUGUGGGGAAAUUAGUCAUGUAUGGAGGUUCAUACCCCAUGUAGCUAUAAGUGUUACUGAUUAGAUUGUUAUUUAUGUAUUUAAAGUUAUAAUAAAUUAUAUGCAACUAUAAAA